AAUGUAAUGUGAUUCUUUUGCGCAUUAUGAAUUAUAAACAAUCUUAUCAGAAACAGAUUAUUCUAAGAGAGCUACAAAAAUCAUUUGUACUAUAGGGUAACAAAUAUUUAGUAAUUAAUAAGUCCUGCUUGUUGGGAUGUGCCUACUUUAGUAUAAUUAAUAGAUGCAGGAAUGAGUGUUGCUAGACUCAAUUUUUCUCAUGGAGAUCAUAAGGUUCAUGGAGAGACAGUAGCCAAAUUGAGAGAAGCUUUUAAAUAAAGAAAAGAUAAGCCAGUUGCAAUAGCCUUAGAUACAAAGGGUCCAGAAAUUAGAACUGGUUUGAAUAAAGAACAUAAGUAGAUUGUAUUGAAGAAAGGAUAAAAGUUGGAAAUAAGUAUUAAUAUUAUUAUAUUAUUAAGCUACUGAUUAUUCAUUUGAGGGGACAUCAGAAUGUAUCGCAUGUAGCUACUAAAGUUUAUGUAAAACAGUACAUGUUGGAUCAUAAAUCUUAAUAGCUGAUGGGUCUGUGGUUACAAUAGUUGAUGAAAUAAAAGAGGUAUAAAAAGUGUUAUUAUUUUCAUUAAUAGAACAGUGUAUAAGUAACAGUUUAAAAUGAUGCAUCAUUUGGAGAAAAGAAAAAUAUGUCAUUGCCUGGAGCUAUUAUUGAUUUGCCAACUGUGACUGAAAAAGAAGAGGAAGAUCUUGUUAAAUUUGGUUUAAAACAUAAUAUUGAUAUUGUGUUUUUGUCAUUUACUAGAAAGGCUUAAGAUAUAGAAGAUGUUAGAGAUAUUUUAGGUCCUAGAGGAAGUGGAAUUAAAAUUAUAGCUAAAAUAGAGAAUUAAGAAGGAAUGCAAAAUUAUGAUGAAAUAUUGAAAUCAGCAGAUGGGAUUAUGGUUGCAAGAGGAGAUCUAGGAAUGGAGAUUCCUCCACAGAAAGUAUUUUAGGCUUAAAAAUGGAUGAUUAAAAGAGCACUAGAUGCAGGAAAACCUGUUAUUACUGCUACAUAAAUGAUGGAAUCUAUCAUAACAAAUCCUAGACCAACUAGGGCUGAAGCAUCAGAUGUAGCUAAUGCUGUAUUAGAUGGAACAGAUUGUGUUAUGCUUUCUGGUGAAACUGCUAAUGGAGCAUUUCCAGUUAUUGCAGUAGAAACUAUGGGAAGAGUAAGUUAUUAACUUAUUGAUAGAUAUGUUGUGAAGCAGAGAAAUGUGUAGAUCAUGAAAAAACAUAUUGGAAUAGAAUUCAUGGUAGAGGAUCUUUGGAGGAUACUGAAGCUUUGGCUGCUUCAGCUGUUUAAAUGAGUUUUGAAACAAAGGCUCAUGUAAUUAUUUGCUUUACUCUUACUGGAGAAAUUGCUAGACUUGUUGCUAAAUAUAGACCAAGAGCUCCUAUUAUAGCAAUUAGGUUAAGAAUAUAAUAAUAUCUUUAGUACUGAAGAUAAAACAAUUAAAGGAUUAAGUAUGACUAGUGGAGUCACUUGUUUGAGAGUUCCAAGUUUCUAGGGAGUUGAUACUUUAGUUGAUUACGCCAUCAAAUCUGCAAAGACAAGAGGAAUCAUUAAAACUGGGGAUAAGGGUAUUGUUUUAUUAGGAGGAAGUGAGGAGAAUCCAGAUGAGUCAAAUAUCUUAAAAAUUAAGAAGAUCAAUUGA